AUGAAUUGGUCUAGCAUCACUGGGAUACUUGCCUUUUCUAUUUUCACAGUUCUCGUUUCUUGUAAAGAUGUUGAUGGUGUAUUCACAGCCAUCAAUUACAUCAGAUAUAAUAGCAAUUAUGUGGAUGCCACAAGUUAUUUGAAUGGUGGACCAAUGAGUUUCUAUGAUACAGAGCUCUCCUGGUCAAUUGACACCUCCAAAGUUAACACUGGUGACCAUUUUUACUUGAAUAUGCCAUAUGUUUUUGAGAUCAGAAUUCUAGAAGGUACAAGGGUAACUAACAACUUUGAUAUCUUGAUGGAUAAUGGUCAAACUCUGGCAUCUUGUACUGUUGAUCAGGCUGGCGGACGUUCUUUGGAAACGGUAGUUAAAUGUCAAGUGACUGCAAAUCUUGACGAUUAUCAAUCGUUGUCAGGAACUGUUGGCUUUUUAACUGUGUUUGAUGGAGGCACUAGAGUUGAAACAAUCGAUGCAGCAAAUCAUUGGAAAUCCGGAAGCAACGUGGUAACCUUCAAUGGUGAUAUUUCCAGUUCUGUAAGCUUUUCAAACUCAGAAACUGAUCAAAAUCAAUAUUUCAGUAGAAUCACUAUGAGAGGUGAUACAAAUUACUACUUUGCUCCUCCAAAAAGUGUGUGCAGAAACGCAGGCAUUAGAAGUGGAACUUUCAGUUUCUCGGUUAACCAGCAAUACUACACAAUUGUGAAGGAUGAUUCCCAGUUGUACUACACAACCAGUCUCAAUAGCUUUGGUUUCCCAACAGAUGCACAUCCUGUGCAGAUUCAAUCAACGACACUAAGUCGAGAUGGUUUGACCUUGACAAUCACUUUCGGCAGUGUUCCAGCAGGUGCACGUUUGUGGUGGUCUGGUUACACUCUGAAUACUGCAAGUUAUGUAUCUUACCAAUCUGAAAUCACUCUCGAUGCUGAAUGUGUUAGUGGUUAUACACCAACGGUAAAGUUGUCUAGAACUCACACUCCAAUCCAAGGAAGUGCUGGUGGUGAUGGUUCUGGAGUUAGUAAGUAUCACUCAUUUACACUGUUGGCUUUAAAUGCAACAAUACUAACAGUUAGAUUACAGACAAACCGGUGA